UUUGCAUAGAUAGCGGUGUAUUCUUUCUUUUUAUAGAAUUCCCCACUCUACCCGUUCUAAUGCCCCUCGACAGGAUAUACUUGACCCGACAUGGGCACCGUCUAAACUGGACUAUAGACCUAAGCACGGGGACUUACCACUCAAUGUACCCUACUCCCACCGGAAUACCCGUCGACCCAAUCCUGACAGGACCCGGGGUGCGCCAAUCGCACGAACUGGCCGCGCACAUCAAUAGCGAUGAAUUCUUCCCAAGACCAUGUAGAGUCUACAGCAGCCCGUUCUACAGAUGUCUGCAAACUAUCCAGCCCACCGUGGAGGUGUUGAAGGCCCGUCAGGAACUCGAGCAGAAACCAUAUGUGGAUUUAAACGUGAGGGUUGAGAAUGGACUAGGGGAAUGGUUUGGUUCCUCAUCCUCAUUCGCACACCCAGCUCCCGCAUCGCCAGAAGUUCUCCAAACCCACUUUCCCACCCUCCUCACCUCCUCAUCCUCCUCAGAUAUAGAAGCCAACUCCACCUCACCCCAUGCAAACUACAAACCACACAUCUACCCUUCCCCCAACGGCGAGAAUAUCGCAGGACUCCACGACCGCAUCGCGACAACCCUGGAAGCGAUAAUCGCACAAGUCGAUGCGGAACUCGAAGCUUACGAGCGUGAGAACCCGUCUGAGGCGAAGCAGAGUCAUGCUAUUUUGAUAUGCACGCAUGCCGCGCCGUUAAUUGCGAUGGGGCGCGCGCUUACGGGGGAUAUGCCGGAGGAUACGUGCGUCGAGGACUUCAGACCGUUUACAGCGAGUUUGUCGACGUUUGUGAGGAGGUCGGGUCGUGGGGGUGGGGACGGAGAUGGGAAUCGGGAUAGGUAUGGGGAAGGGUCAGAUGUCGAAAUGAUUUCGGGGAAGAAGGUGCCGCGGUGGCAGGGUGGGGUGGGAGUAGGGGGUGGUUGGGAUUGCGUAGGGAAUGGGGAGUGUGGGUUUUUAAGCGGUGGGAAGGAGAGGGGAUGGCACUUUAACGGGGAGGAGGAUUUCGACACGACCCCGGCUGCAGUAGUUGUGACGGAGGCUGAGUGUUCGCCUGCGAAGUUAUGAGGGUUUUGUUCACCCUUUUCUUAUUCGUGAUGUACAUGUACUGUACAUACAUCCUUGCGUCUGGGAUAUACCCACAAGGUUCAGUGAUUAGGAAAGAAUUGAUUCCGAAAUUGGAAUACCGAUAUAACGCUUCUCGCCGCGAUAUAUACGAUCAAUAUAUGAUGAUACACAACGUCUGGAUAGACCUAGGCAAACUAUAGAGGAAUGUUUCGAGGAGGCAUUGUUUUUCACCCCCUUGACUUUAUUUUGUUUUAAUAUUUUUAAUUUUCAUAUCCGUUUUUCACAAUAGUAUAUUUCUGACCGCUGGCUAUAUUGAAGAUGAUCUCUAUAUAAUGUUCGCUCAAACAACACCGACAAGACAAAUAGAGGCAUACAAAAAUCAAUGAAACAGAACAAUCGAUUCGGAGAAAGAAACUCAAACCAAACGAGAACAGAAUACACAAGAAAGAGAAAAGCACAGUCAUUCCCUGUCGUCACUUAUAGAUUAAGCGAAUAUGCCGCUUAGCAGGAGUACUCCAAAUACCAGCCAUUAGUAGCAUCCUGCUUCAUCUUCACAACCCCAUCAUGUUCCAGAGAAGAACGCAAGGUCAGCACUUCCUUGCAAUCCAUCGAAGUGACUCUGUGCGACUGGGCGCCCUUGACCUGCGGCCAGUUGGUGAAAUCGGCAGCGCCAACGCUCUCCGCCCCAGCGGGUUCUACCGGGUAGAUCUUGGCUAAUCCAGAAUCCUGAACGAUGAAUUUUCUUUUUUCGCCUUGGUCCCACUUGAGGUUGCACGUCUUGGCACCCUUGGGGACGUGGAAGGUCAUUUCCUGAUCCUGUUUCUUGUCGCCGGAUUUGCUGAGGAUGAUGUUAUGUCCGAUCUUCUCGCUGCGUUGGCCAUUGAGGAUGGCGCGCAUCUCGGGAAUGCGUAGGACUCCGCUCUCGCCGGGUUUGCAGGCGUUUCGGGCAAUUGGGCAUUCUGAGGAGACGGGAUAAGAAUUUCUGGUUGGGGAGGCGGAGACGGACUGCAUGCUCAAAGCGGCCAGGAAAAAUGUGGUUGCUUGGAGGAAAUGCAUGUUGGCGGUUGUGGAUUUGCGUGGAAGAGGAGGAUAGUAUCAAGAGGGUUAUUGUUUCAAAUAAACGAUUCUUGCUGGUUUAGAAUUGGAGCGAUUGGUUUGGUUUAUAGAUUUCAGGCAAAGUUAUCUGUUAUUGGAGGAGUGAUGAUGAGAUGAAAGGGGAAAACAACCAUUCUCGAGGCCGGAGGAGGAGGCAUAUUUAUACAAAAUUUCGCUCCUUUCUGUGCUCGAAGCUCAACUCAGCUAACAUCAGUCCCCCACACUGCUGGUUGGCUCGACAGCUGCGCUCAUUGACAUGGCAAGCCUAGCCUCUAAAGAGGAGUGGGAGUGGCUUAGGCGCAUCCUCCCACGGUGGUGAACCCACAAGCUGAGAUCGCGCUUGUUACUACUGGCCCCAGCGAUAUAUAGCCGCAUACAAACGUGUGUAAAUAUAGCCACGGCACAAACUUUCCAUUCCUCCCAGCCUUAAAAGAAGCUGGGCGGUGACGAAGGAGCAUUCCUUAGCUUCUUACCAAGCCCACAGCAAACGUUAGUCAUCGCUAAUGGGUAACUAGAUAGCUCUGGCUGUUCGGCUGGAAUUGUUUGCCCACAGGCCUGGUGUAGCUGCAACAUGGCAUGGCUCCAAAUGCGACGACGAUCUCUUUAUCCCACUCUUCUGCAAUCUUCUUGUUGUAACUAUCCGAUCCUGCCGAUGCAAUAAUAAGCAGAUCUUCUAUUAUUAGAACCAGGCACAGGACAUCCCCGCCAUCACUGCCCCAUUUGCUCCCUCUUCCCGGGUACAAUCAAUAAUAAUCCCAUAAGGAACCGUCGCGGCAUCAGAAUGCGGGUGAAAGUUCCGCGCGAUUGUCAAACAAAAAUGACAACGGCUCAAGGGUGGCAGCCAGUGACGGCACGGUUUAUUAACGCCGCAUUAGAGGGCUCUAUAUCAAAAAUAUCAAUUUUAUUCAGAUAUUCAACUUGAGAGUACAACCAUGCCAAGGCAUUCUGCAAUUACAAAUUAAAAUUAUGUUCAGCUUCCCUUCAAUCCACGCUUGGAUGACACUAACCGUCUGGCGUCCUAAAUUGAAAAGGAACAGGCAGAGCUUCUAUCUAGGCCGUCACAGGCUCUAUGGAAGCACAAACCAUUUGCUACUCCAUAGUUGUCACAAAUUAACCUCAUGGAUCUAUUUUCGCCCGAAGCGUGAUGAGAUACAUCAAUCGAUUCACUGCACCUAGUUGGCUACCAGAUGGCAGUUUGGAAUUGCUCGCUCUCUAUUGUGCUUUUUAACGUCCAGCCAGUUUACUUUGUCCUAACUCGGUAGUUACUCAAGCUUUGUAAGGCUGGGCUAUGGAAGAAACCCAUGUCCAUUGAACUGGAAAAGUCACCUACUGGUGAACGGAGUACGAGUGUUGAGCCUUUCUCUACUCUCCUUCUCGCAUUUGGUUUCCUGAUGACACCAUUUUCAUCACAUUCACUCUGAUGGCCUUUCGCCUAUAUUCGGUCAAUUUGUGGCAUAGCCUUGCCACUAUGAACACGGAAUCAGGGACAUAAGGUCUACUCGAAGCCCGCAACACCUAUAGCAUUUUUACAUCCAGCUUAAAGUUGAGUUGAUAUUUGAUCUAGUUUCUAUUUUGCCUCCACUAUAAUUCUAACUUCCAAAAUUCCGAGGGGAUUUGUCAAACUACCUGUUAAACCGACAAGCAUAUCAGAUACCUUCAGCUGACCGGUUCGAAAUCCUUUCGAUUACUCUCCGCUCCUAAUAUAUCCGUCGUGGUGAAUAUUUAAGCACGUUCUUGAGGGUCAACAGUAUGGGCGCUGUUGGCAUUUGAACCCAACAGCACUCCUGCGAUGGGCGAUAUUCUAUAUGACUGCAGCCAUCAGUCCUUCCGCAGUCACCCAGAACACACUGCCCCAUGCCACGCUACCCCCUUCACUUUCCAUGGGCUUCUCGCCCAUCAUUCGCUAGCUCCUGUCGCCUGGCAUUGUUCACAUUGAUCCGAGCCUUCUGGACUUCUAAAUUUAUUAUUAGGAUAUAUACCCAUGGAUAUUCUUGACUUUGCUGAUUAAAUAUAGAUCAACCCAAUAUUUCAUUGUGAAGUUAUCCAUUAUAUUAUAUAGCCACAAAGAUCUGCACUGUAUACAUGAAAGAGGACAUGCGACGGGCCUUUACCAUACAUAAAUCAGGCCGCUAGGGUAUAUGUACACCAACUGCCACUUCCCAUUAUGCGAACUUCCGCUCACACAACAAGAGCUGCAACCGCCAUGGCCACACCACCAAUAGCGCCCCAGUUGGCAGCAGCAGUGGCUAGAGGCAUUGCCAAACCGGUGCUGCUGUCAGUGGUGGGAGCAUUGGUCCCAGUCGGUGGAGCCUCUGUACCACUUCCAGUCGGCGUAACGCUCGCACCGCUAGAGGGAGCCGGAGCCGCCGUAGCUCCUUCCAGCUUCUCCAGGCCGGCUGUAAUUGUGACUUUCCAGGGCGUGAUAAAUCCAGAGGUGGGGAUUUGGGUAGAUUCUGCGUACGAGGUGGAGAAGCCUUUGCCUGUUUCAGACACCAUCAACACUUUCGUGCAGUCGGCCGAGGGACCUUGGAUGGUGCAUUCGAGAUAGUGGCUCGCGGGGCUGGCGCGGGAGUUUUUUGUGAGCUUAUGUGAUUUUCGAUUUCUCUCUAUCCUCGUUGCGAGGGAUGCAGGAUUGGGAAGGAAGUGAGAGGACGACUCUAGAGAACUUACCCAUCUUCGCCAUACCCUUGGAAGCCCAUUGCUACCUUGUUUGGGGGUGAUGUAGUGUAACUCACGCCAGGCACGCCGCAUUCGGUGUCGUCAGUCCCUGGGGCACAUUCAAGGGCAUAUACCGUUGCGGUGGGGUCCUGAAGAGAGAUCAGCCUUGCUUUAGCAUUUCUUUUUGGUUAUUUUUCUUCUUUUUUUCUUCUCUUUUUCCCCCAUUCAACACUAGGGUCUAUCAUUCCUCUUUACCACAUUUUCAGUAUAUUCGUCUUACCGCUUUGACCACAGAAGCCACUAUCGGCUGUGGGUCGACUGGCCCAGGAAAGGCCAGUUCUGUCACAAUGCUCUUCUCAGCGCGGCUCAGGCCAAGAAGGCCGAGGGACACCAGGACCAAGGAGAUCUGCAUUUUUGGGGAGUAGAGGCUUAUCGAGGUAUCAAAAUAUCGGCAGAGGGUCCGGGUGGCUGGCGUAUCGAAAGCAAAAUAUAUAAAAAAAAGAGCGACGACGAAGUUGGUUCUAACGAGAGUAUUUGUGCUUCUGAGUUGAGAUAUUACACAUUUCUCGGGCCGGUGGGCGAAAGAAUAUAUAUAUCUCAGGACAAAUUUCAAGGCUUUUUAAACCCCUGUUGUUUGAACCCGAAAAGCG